CAUACGGUUGCCUUGCCCGAGAACAAUCAACACGCCAAAAAAUGUCGCAGCACAAUCUCAACUCUUCCCUUUCUCUGUAUCUGUCCCUCUCCCUCUCCCUCUCCCUCUCAACCCCACCUCGAUUUUUCUAAAAGGUAUGGGGUGUUUUGAUAUCUGGAAAAGAUCAUGUUGCAGUGCUUAGACGGAGUAAAGCAUAUGCUUUCUGUUGUUGUGAAUUGCUGUGAUUCCGAUUUAAGUAAGCCGCCUAGGGGUCUUGAAAAUCCAGAAGUUCUUGCGAGGGAGACAGUAUUUAGUGUGAGUGAAAUUGAAGCAUUGUAUGAAUUAUUUAAGAAGAUUAGCAGUGCUGUGAUUGAUGAUGGGCUCAUCAACAAGGAAGAAUUUCAAUUGGCACUAUUUAAGACAAACAAAAAGGAAAGCUUGUUUGCAGAUCGGGUCUUCGACUUGUUUGAUACAAAGCACAAUGGCAUAUUAGAUUUUGACGAGUUUGCACGAGCUCUGUCUGUAUUUCACCCCAAUGCACCGAUUGAUGAUAAGAUUGACUUUUCAUUUCAACUUUAUGAUCUCAAGCAGCAAGGAUUCAUAGAGAGACAGGAGGUAAAGCAAAUGGUAGUGGCUACACUUGCUGAAUCUGGUAUGAAUCUUUCAGAUGACGUAAUAGAAAGUAUCAUUGACAAGACAUUUGAGGAAGCUGAUACUAAGCAUGAUGGGAGGAUUGACAAAGAAGAGUGGCGCAGCCUUGUAUUGCGACACCCUUCUCUUUUGAAGAAUAUGACCCUUCAAUACCUCAAAGACAUCACCACCACAUUUCCGAGCUUUGUAUUUCACUCUCAAGUGGAUGAUACCUGAGUUUUGGACCUGCAUUAGUUUCUGGUGGUAUGGUUUGUUCCUUGUGUAGACAAUGGUGCCAACUGUGUGUGUAAAGGUUUGCCAAGAAGCUCUUGCAUCCAAUUAGAUGCUGAGUAAUGGAUGUGGACCUCGUCUUUACCGUUUCGAUGAAUAGAACUUUUUCAAACAUGUGAGGUUUCUAGUUUGAAUGACCUCUCUGUUUUUGUUCUUUGCUUUGGUAGUUCAUUGGGACAUGGGAAAAGAGGCAAACGAAGAGGCAAAGGUUAUGUUACUAGCGAUUGCCAUGUUUUGUUUUUGUUUUCAUGUGAAUGCUAAGGAAGUUGGUUAGUCCAACAUUCUUUUUGCAGAGGCAGCUCUGCUACCAAAGUGUAUAGAAGCCUUUUUUGGCAGAGUGAAUAAUUGAUUGUGUUUAAGUUUUUAAAAUUUUUCAUAGUGAGAGGGCUCGCUACAUGUACCAGUGUUUUAGGGGUUCAUCGGCAAGUGCAUUUCAAACCAACUGAUUUGCAAUUUUGCUAAGAUCUUGGAGGCAUUGAAAGCAGUUUUUCAAACACCAUAUGGGCUAAAACAUGUUUGUUUGACCAUAUGCUAGUUACUUGUGGAA